CGGCAGAGAGCCUCAGAUUUAUGGGCAGCCAGAAGCAGGACUUAUUUCUCCGACUGAAAACACAGGCGCAAAUGGAAAGAAAUACGAGAAAACGGAGCCAUAUCUUCGGACAAGAAUUACAAUGUUAGACAGGAACAGGCGGGAUAUUCUGAUCAGGUUUGAUGCCCAGACGAACUUGCCUAAUUUUACCGGCUCUACGUACCGCAACAUUUCGCGGUCGUAUGCAGAGUUCCAGCAGCUUUACGACGCUAUCGUACACAAUAAUCCGCAAACGAUUGUUCCCGCACUUCCUUUAGCUCAAACAUCGGCCCCGACCGAUGAAGAGGAUGAUCGCCUAGUCCGUAUUAUGCUCCAACGCUGGCUAACCCGGGUCUGCGAGGAUCCAUUCCUCAUGCGUGAUGAGGAGCUCCGGUCCUUUAUUGAGAGCGACUUUGGAUAUCAGCCGAUGCCUCGCAAUCCUCGUAAAAAGGCUGGCUCUGGGUUUAGCCUCAUCAAGCGUGGAGUUCCUGAUGAAGACGAGACAUUGCAGCGUGCACGCUUUGAAUUGACUAAAUUGGAGGGCCAGUUUUUUGAUGCUGCCAAAGCUAUUGAUAAACUAGCUCGUGCUCGGAAAACUUUGUCUGUCUCGCAAGCCGAGAUGGGAAACAAGUUGGUUAGCGUCGCCACAGCGGAAGCACAUCCGCCACUCGCCAACGCGCUAAGGAAACUGGGGCGCACGUGGCACAGCGUUUCCGACUUGGAUCAGGCGGCAGCUAUCAGUGAAUGUGUGAUCGUCGGCGAUUCGUUUGGUUAUCAAGGACUGAAUGCAAAGUCUGCGAGGGAGACCCUUCAGCAACGUACAUCAGUGCUUGAAGAGUACCAGACCGCUGUCAAGUCCAGCAUUUCAAAACGCCGGAAUAUCGAAAGAUUGAAGGCUAGUUCGAGCAUCAACCCGGCCAAGGUGGAUGAAGCUCUAGAAGACUUGGAAGAGGCCAAUAAAUACGAGCAAAUUCUCGCCCAAAGAGUUGAUGGUAUUUCGCAUAACCUCCACCUCGCACUCUCGAGGCACAAAAAGCUUGUCAACGAGGACGUAACGACAGCAUUAAUCGAGCAUGCUCGAUCGAUGAUCUCCUAUGAGCGGCAGCGCCUACGAGAGCUUGAGUCUCUCCGCCCUGACUUCAAAGCAGCUGAUAGCAAAUUCAUUCCUACGAACGCUGUACCUUCACGGCCUGUUGUCAUCCCGAAGCUCGAUGAGGAAAUCAAACCUACCAUUCCUCCUGUCCGACCUGCACCACCGCCUUUGCAGCAGCAGCAUGGCCCACCACUAGGAUCUGCAGCCUCCUUUCGGCCUCCUCACAUGGGUCCUGUCCCGCCGAGCAAGACUCCUAUCUCAGCGGCGGCUCUACCGGCGCAAUCACCUGGUGCAGGCCCCUCGACGCCAACUACGCCACAGUUCUCGAGAUCUACGACUCCAAGCUCGAUACAUACCCCGAGUACAGCUGGAGCGCCACCCCUUGGCGGCCGUUUUGUGGAUGGCACGAAGUCGAUGUUCAUUACGCCUUCAUCAGCUUCCGCUAUUACUUCUCCUGCUCUUCCAAAAGCGGGGCCACUGCAAUCAGGCGCCAGUGCUAGUGCGCCUGUUACUGCACCGCAAUCUCCAGUGCCAACUACGCCGAAGUCAACUACUCAAGCGACAGCGCUUGGCGCAGCUAUCUACCAUGAGUCGGACCCUCUUGGACCACUGGGACCAACAGCUACUGUACGCCGUACGAUUACGUCCAGUUCCUUCGCACCUCCACUCGGCUCUUCACCGCUCACAAAUGGCUCAGCUCAGCCACAUACUCCGACUAAGCGUGAAGAAGUUGACCCACUAGGACUGGGAACGCCGAAGUACAUGUCGCAAUCUAUGCAUCUUCCUGGUAGGCCCCAGCGCUCUAGACUGGAUGCUCGUGAGGCUGCAAGCAAGUUGGCGAACUUUUGA